AGAUCGGCUGUGGCUCUGCAGGAGGCUCCAGAAUGAGAUUUGCUGCUUGCCCCAUCCUCCCAUGACUGGCAUGCCCUCUGGCCAAGCUUGGCACCAAGUGGAUGUCAGUUUUAUUGGCUGGCUCUUAAGUGUUUGCACACCGUAGCAGUGCACUCCUUCCAACUUAGUCAGACGGGAGUCAUACAUGGAUCACUGAGAUGAUGGGGCCAAGGUUCCUCUGGCUGCUCUGGGCCUGUGCAUGUUGCUGGAGCACUGGCUUUUGUGGGAAGGUGGUGGUCUGGCCCACUGAUGCAAGUCACUGGAUCAAUAUAAAAGUGCUGCUGGAAAAGCUUGUUCUCCAGGGUCAUGAAGUGACUGUGCUGGUGGCCUCAAGCAAUAUGCUCAUCAACUACCAAGACACCUCCUCCCCCUUCACUUUUGAGGUCCUGCAAGUCCCCUUUACCCAGAAGGACCUGGAUGAUACCAUGGAUGACUUCCUCAAUUUCUGGAUGAAUGAGGUCUCUAAUGCCUCACUUUGGGAGUUCAUGUGGAGGAUGAAAAAAGACCAGGAGGACUUUACCAAUUUGUUGAAGCAGACCUGUCAUACCUUUGUGACGGACAGUCAACUGAUAGCAAAGCUGCAGAAGGCCAAUUUUGAUGUUCUGAUUGCUGACCCCCUGUCUAUAUGUGGGGAACUCGUAGCAGAAAUCCUAGCAAUCCCUUUUGUCUACAGCUUCCGUUUCUCUGAUGGGAAUGUGGUAGAGCGGCUGUGCGGUGGGCUCCCAUCCCCACCUUCUUAUGUGCCUGCUAGCACAAGUGGGCUGACAGAUCGUAUGUCCUUCAUGGAAAGACUAAAGAACUUCCUCUUUUACUUUUACGUGGAUUUAUUUUUCUUGAAGUUCUGGCGAGAUGAAUGGGAUGGGUACUACAGUAAUGUCUUAGGGAGGCCCACAACGUUGUGUGAGACAAUGGGGAAAGCAGAGAUAUGGUUAAUCAGGACUUACUGGGAUUUUGAAUUUCCACGCCCUUUCCUGCCCAACUUUGAGUUCGUUGGAGGACUUCACUGCCAGCCUGCAAAGCCCUUACCAAAGGAAAUGGAAGAAUUUGUUCAGAGCUCAGGAAAACAUGGCAUUGUGGUAUUCUCUCUGGGGUCAAUGGUCUACAAUGUAACUGAUGAAAAAAGCAACAUCAUUGCCAGAGCCCUCAGCCACCUUCCACAGAAGGUCCUCUGGCGGUACAAAGGAAAAAAACCAGAAACUCUCGGCUCCAACACCAGGAUUUAUGACUGGAUACCCCAAAAUGACUUGCUUGGCCAUCCCCUGACAAAGGCCUUUAUUACUCAUGGUGGGACCAAUGGGAUCUAUGAAGCUAUCUACCAUGGGAUCCCAAUGGUUGGGAUUCCCAUGUUUGCCGACCAGCAUGACAACGUGGCUCACAUGAGAGCAAAGGGAGCUGCAGUCGUGCUGGAUUUCAGCACACUGACAACACAGGAUUUAGUUGAUGCACUGAAUACAGUAAUUAACAAUUCCACCUAUAAGGAAAAUGCUCUAAGGUUAUCCAAGAUACACCAUGACCAGCCACUUAAGCCUCUGGACAGAGCUGUCUUCUGGGUUGAAUUUGUCAUGCGUCACAAAGGAGCAAAGCACUUGAGACCAGCUGCUCACAAUCUCACCUGGUACCAGUACUACUGCCUGGAUGUUCUGGCGUUCUUGUUCACCUGUGCAGCCACUGCUGUCUUCCUUCUUGUCAAGUGCUGCUCAUUUUGCUGUAGGAGACGUGGCAAAGGGAUUGCAAAGAGGAAGAAAGAAUAAUCAUCCUGUUUCUGUCAGCAGUUUUUCUUCUCCUAUGCCAUUCAGCAAAGCAUUUAUGCACAUACCUUCCCAAAUAAAAUGAUUAGCAUAUGCUUUAAGCUGGGCAUAUCAUGAAGCACCCCAUUGAACUGGAUCAUACUAAAAAUCUGUUGUGAGGCAGGGCUACUUGCUUAACCAGCAAAUUCCUCUGGCCUACAUAAGACCAAAUUAUAGCUGCUUUAUCCCUUGGGACCCCCUUAGCCGAUCAUACGUAUGGCCUGCAGAAUGAUGAUUGUUGGUUGAACUUUGCAAAUUCAUUUUGGUAUUGCACAAAUUCAGCCUUCCCAUAUGUGGUACUGUGGGUCCCUUAAUCUGCAUCUAGUCACCUUAACUCUGUCCUCUCCUGUAAUAACACCCAGGUUUGAUGACUCACAACCAAAACGCCUCUCCUGUCAGAAUAGCUCUCUCCAGAUUGGACAGUGAUGGGCUCCUGAAAAGCACCAAUCUGAAUGGCCAAGAUCAUGAAAACCUGGGAGCUGUAAGUGCCUGGUGAAGCCUGUACAUCACAUUUUUACAAAUGCACUACUUGGCAGCUGAAGGGAGACCAAAGUCCCAAAACCACCAGGGAAAUUACUUUGCUGAAAAUAACUUCUUUCCCAUUCAGUCUGCAGUCCUCCUGCACAGGCCACUGUUGUAGCUGCAAUAGUAUGAAGAUGUGAAAACCACCUCUGUCAGGAACUUGCCCAUCUUAGCCCUCCAAAUGCCCCUGAGCCAUGCUAACUCAUAAAUGCAGGAAAACCUCUAGAUAUGGAAUCUGCAAGGAAGUAACAUUACAUGUGGGAACAGUGCAACAGUCACUUGCCUUGCCUGAAAAGUUUUGGGGAAAAUAAUGUUGCUCUUGGCUCAGGAAAGAGUGGUAGUAAAUACAGCACUCCUUAAAUUGUUCAAGGUGCACUUACUGAUGAAAGCCCGCUAAAAUUAUGUUAGCUGAAGCCUCCUGUUCUAGGCAAGGAUAUUCCACUGCUGUGCCAGCUUACUCAAGAAGAAACCAAUCCCAAUUUUAACUGGUAUUUGUGGUAUUCUGGAUGCUGCAGAAUUGUUUUCAAAUAGAACAGGCUGAGAAAACAUGGCACAUUUGUUUAU